AUGCCACGCGCACCCGAGAAGGCAUCCUGCAAGUGUUCGUGUAUAUUCUAUGGUUGUGGAAGUAGUCCUACGGGAUGGAAACCGCAAAAACCGAGAACAUUCCGACAACAUCAAGAGCAAGAUGACCUACAACGCGCUCUGGAGGCGACACAACGAGGAGGUGAACAACGAGGCGAACCAUCCUCCAAGAGGCCGAGCCUCAGCGAAUUCGGUGACGAUAUCCAGGAAGACGCUCACCUCGAUGAACGCGCUGCAGGCUCGGGACGAGAUGCGGUUACUAGAAGUGAAGCAGACGAGUUUCAGAACCAACGUGAGUUGGAACACGAUCAAGACAUAGAGAUGGUGGAAACGCACGAGGACGUUCAGAUCAGAGUCAUGGCAAUGCAGGAAGACGCGCUAGUUGAGCAGCGCAGUCUAUUUGAUGGGCAUCACCAUCCAACACUUGACAAUCUUGACAAUGGCAACAUGAGCGAUGAUGAUUAUUUCUUCACACGUCUCAGGCAUGCAUUCACUCCCCCUCCACCAGAGGAGAUUGGAGAGCAAGAGGAGGAGGAGGUGGUGGUGGAGGAAGCUGUACUGGAACCAGAGGAUGAGCAGCCCGUGCUCGACGAAAUUCUACACGUCCCUCUUGGUGAUGUAUUCAACUUCUCAGAUGUGCACGAACAAGACUACUAUCAUGAUCAACUUCCCCAAGCCUUCGAAGAUCACUCCAUCAUUCGGAAUGUGUAUAUACGCGUCUUUGUUCUCGUCGUUGUCCAUGGUGUCUCGCAUAGUGCAGCUCAAUGCACUCUCGAUGGAUUACGUCUCACUAUCACACAGGCUGCCAACAAGCACCCCGAAGAUGAUUACCCCGGACUUAGCAACUUUGCUCGAAUGGUGCCCACUGUCCUGAAACGUCUAGGCCUCUCGAUGGACCACUUCAUCAUAUACUUAACCGUGUGUGACGUGUGCUGGGCAGUACACCAUCCAUCUACCAUAUCAGACCUUCCCUCGCCUUCCUGCACGUCCAAAAACUGCACAGGCACUAUCUAUAAGGAAAAGCGACUUGCAAACGGUGACAUCAAAAGAACGCCCGUCAAAAUCGUACCUUACGUUCCCCUCGAGCGUGCCAUUCAGCGGUUCCUGCUCCGGCCUGGUAAAUGGGAGCAGCUGCAGCACUGGAGAGGUAGAGGAGACGAGGCAGGACCGGUUCCACCUAACUAUGAAUCUGGAUUUGACGCAUUUGCCAACCCCUCAAAGCCCAUGACCGACAUUUAUGACGGGUGGGGAUGGAGAGCUAUCCAGGCGGAAGGGAGGAGAAUUCGGCAUUCACGAUGUAGACGUUCAAGAACUCAACCAGAGUUUAACAUUGACUGGUUCCAGUCCACCACACGCGACUGUCACUCCACCGGCGCUUUUUACGUUGUUAUUUGCAACAACCCCCGAUCCAUACGAUACGCUGCGGAAGAGACGAUUCUCGCCAUGGUUCUACCAGGUCCUCACGAGCCAAAUCUACAGCAACUUAACAACCUCAUGGAUGUAUUUGUCAACAGUGCUAUGAGACUUGGACAAGGUGUCGAAUUCAAGGUGUACGACCACAACGAGCUCGAACUGGUACAUACCCAUCUUUCCAUGAACUGCUCCAAUCUCCCAUCGAGCCGACGUACGAACGGUUAUCAAGGCCACGCGUCAAAACUUUUCAUGUGCCCACAAUGUUGUGCAACGUACUUCUCCCUUGUACACCCUUCCUGCUUCGAUCCCACCCAAUUCGAACCUCGGGAGGACUGGCGACACAUCAAGUACGCCUUCCGUGCUCGCGACGCAAACGAACACAAUGCUCAGGUGAUCCGGGAGCAUCGAGGAGUGUCAUGGACCCCCCUCAACUACCUCCCAGGGUGGAUGCCUGCAGGAAGUGCAGGCAUCGACUUCAUGCACUGUGUAUUCCUAACCAUGGUCAAACAUGUGACCAAGGUUAUCAUACACGGUCACGGACUGCUCAAUUCCACGCAGGAGACUGAUCCCAUCCAACUUCUUGAAAAGUUUUAUCACGACCUACAUUGGCCACCUGAAAUGUCAUACGGCAAAGGUUCGGUCAAAGCGGACCAGUGGAGGAAUCUAAUACAUGUCCUUUUCGUUGGUCUGUUUGUUGCCUGGGAGCAACACGGCGAGAUCCCUGAUGCCAAUGCCCCACCAUCUGCAGCUAACACAAAAAUUGCCAAAGCUCAAGCCAAGUACACGACAGCCACAAGAACUUGUUUACGUGAAUUCACCCUUGCUCAAAACCCUCUGACUCCCCCCGAAGUCCUCGAUCAGCUAUCUAAUUUCACUGUCGCUAUCCGAAUACUCGCCACUCGUGAGAUCUCCCCUAUGGAUGUAAAACGAGGAUCUGCAGCACUUGCGCGAGCGACGCAGACAUGGGUGUCAAUGCAUCUACCCCUCACACCUUAUUUUCACUUUGGACAGCAUCUUGAAGAGCAGAUAUACAAGCAUGGACCCAUCUACGGCCACUGGACUUUCCCCUACAAACAGCUCAACGGCAAGCUCCUCUGA